UGCUUUACAAUGAUCUGAUCGCUUUCUGUUCUGGGAGCUGUUGGAUAUGUGACUAACAGAAUGAUAUCGGACGACCAAAACCUAACAUUGCAUUUGUGAAGAUGCCAAAGCAUUCGAAUAAAAUAUUUUAGCGUCAACUAAGAGCGGUUAUGAUGUGUAACAGGAGUCACAGCACCCAGCUGUACCUGGACGUGCCGUCGACGUGUCUGCCUAUCAUCUACUCUCCAGUAUACAACAUCACCUUCAUGGGGCUUGAGAAACUACAUCCCUUCGACAGCGGGAAGUGGGGGAAAGUCAUCCACUUCCUAAAAGAGGAGAAGUUGAUCAGUGAUGGCAGCAUCGUUGAGGCACGGGAGGCUACAGAGGAAGACCUACUGGUGGUUCACACCAAACGCUACCUCAACAGACUCAAGUGGUCCCUGGUCGUAGCGACCAUCACAGAGAUCCCGCCCCUCCUAUUCCUACCUAACUUCCUGGUUCAGAGACGGGUCCUGAGACCACUCAGAACACAGACCGGCGGCACCAUCAUGGCAGGGAAGCUGGCUGUAGACCGAGGCUGGGCCAUAAAUGUAGGUGGGGGCUUCCACCAUUGCUCCAGUGAUAAAGGGGGAGGAUUCUGUGCCUAUGCUGACAUCACCUUAGCUAUAAAGUUUCUGUUUGAGAGGGUGGAGGGAAUCUCCCGAGCCACCAUCAUAGAUCUGGAUGCACACCAGGGGAACGGUCAUGAGCGUGACUUCCUGGAUGACAGACGUGUUUUCAUCAUGGACGUCUACAACCGAUACAUCUACCCUGGAGACGGAUACGCUAAGAGAGCCAUAAAGCGUAAGGUGGAGCUGGACUCGGGGACGGAGGAUGAUGAGUACCUCCAGAAGGUAGAGCUCCACUUGGAGGGUGCUCUCAACGAGGUCCGUUCUGACAUCAUAGUAUACAACGCCGGGACAGACGUCCUGGACGGAGACCCCCUGGGAGGACUGGCUAUCUCACCACAGGGCAUAGUAAGAAGGGAUGAAAUAGUGUUCCGGGCAGCGCGGAGGAGAGGGAUUCCCAUCCUGAUGGUGACGUCUGGUGGAUACCAGAAGAAGACCGCUCGUAUCAUCGCUGACUCCAUCAUCAACCUGCGAUGCCAGGGCCUGAUUGGAGGGGACGAGGAUGGGGAGGUGCCAGAGGAGUGUGCGGACGGAGUCACCCUCAUGAUGAGCAGCUCUGACUCCUCCCCUUCCUGUGUGUCACCAGGACCAGCCCCCAACACCAUCUGACUGGAACUGAACAUGAGUUGGAUCCUAGGGCCCAGAGCCUCUCCUGGCUCCCUAGUGCACUAGAGGAAAAAUAGUGUGCUCCGGGAAUAGAGUGCCGUUUCAGACUUCCCCCCGAUCUUACUGAUGCCCACUGUGACUGUGACUGUGGCAGGGGUAGGCAGUGGGACAGGGCUGGUCAGGUAGCCUAGUGGUUAAGAGCGUUGGACCAGUAACCGAAAGGUCGCUGGUUUGAAUCCCCGAGCCGGCU